AUGUCACGUGAAGUACCCAAGUUAUCGUUCUUUCUUUCUGUCUUUAAUAUUUUGCAGUUAAUCUUUCUUCUUUUCUUUCAUUCUUUCUUUUUGAAUAUUUUUCUAAAUUUCAUUUCUUUAUUUCUUUCUUUUCUUUUUUUCAAUGUUUCUUUCUUUCCUUCUUCACGUGAAGGUUAUUUAAAGAAUUUUCUUUCUCUAUUUUUCAUUCUUUCUUUCCUUUUUCACUUGAAGGUUGUUUUUAAUUUUAUUCCCUUCGUUUUCAAGCUGUUUUUGAUUCUUUCUUUUCUUUACUUAUUUCUUAAUAUUUAUCCUUCCUUUCUCAUUUAUUCUUUCUUCCUUUCUAUUUUCAGUUGUGCGUUAUAUUUUUAUUUUCUUUCUUUCUUGUUCAUUCUAUUUUUCCUUUUUCACGUGGAGUUUAUUUUUUUAAUUUGCUUUCUUUCUUUUUUAUUCUUUUGUCCUCUCUUUCCUGUUGCCAUGAACGCUGAUUUUUCUUUCAUACAAUCUGAUUCAUUCUUUCUUUUUUUAGUUGAAAAUUAUAUUUUAAUUUUUUCUUUGCUUUUCAUUAUGUCUUUCCUUUUUCACUGGAAUGUUAUUUUUCAUUACUUUUCUUUUCUUUUUCAUUCAUUCUUUUAUUCUUUUUUAGUUAAACAUGAACGCUAUUUUUUAAUUUUCUUUUAUUUUUCAUUCUUUAUUUUUUUUCACUCGAAGAUUAUUUUUUUUAAUUUCUUUCUUCCUUUGUCAUUUUUGGCUGAACUUUAUUUUUUUAAAAUUUUUUCUUUGUUAUUUAUUCUGUCUUUUUUCUUUCCUUUUUCAGGUGAAGGUCAUUUUUUAAUUUUCUUUGCUUUUUCGUUCUUUGUUGCUUUUUCUUUUCAGUUGAACGUUGUUUUUAAUUUUCUUUCAUUUUCCUUCUAUAUUUCUUCAUUUCUUUUAUCAUUUGAAUCCUGGUUUUUAAAUUUUCUUCCUUUCUCAUUUAUUCUUUCUUUCUUUUCAGAUGAAGGUUAUCUUUUAAUUUUCUUUCUUUUAAAGUCAUUCAUUCUUUCAUUCUUUUUUUCUGUUAGUUAA